UUAGCAGGUUAAAACUUUGAUUUCAUUUAUUAUAAAACAAAAUCAAUUGUGAUUUUGUUAAAAAUAAAACUCUUAUAAAAUAUAAAGAUUUAAAAAUGGAUCCGAUUUUAAAUUCUACUCCGGAAAAUUUCUUAGAAAAUGAAACAAAUUUUAGAAAAAUUUUGGAAGAUCAUGUUAAUUGGAAACAAGUUCCAAUUAUUAAUCACAUUUGCUUAGAUAAUUUAAAGGAUACGUCUAUAGUCCGUUUCAGGGGAAUGAUUCAAGACAUGUUGGAUCCAGAAAUUUAUUUACAAAAAUAUGAAGUUAAUUCAAGGGACAGUGGGGAUAAAAUUAGAAUACAACAAGGAAAAUAUCGGGAUUGUCUGGUGAUUUCUCCAGAGGAAUGUGUAAACCAUGAUUCAGCUGAUAAUGCCCACGGAGAACGAAGAACAUUAUUUGUGGUUUCAAUCCCAGGUUUUAACAAUUGGGCAUUAGAUAUAGAAAAGAAGCACCUUUGUCCUUCUAUUGAAAAUCAGAAGGACAUCCUGAAUAAAAUUGACUACCCUCAAAGUGUAAAAAGGCCUUGUAGUGAUGAACAAUCAAUGGAUUUAGAUACAGUUAUAACUGAAACCACAUCAACUACCCACAAACGCAUCAAAUCUGAUAAUGAAGCGACCAGCACUACCAGUAGCAGCCUUUCAUUUCAGUAUUUACUAAAUUCUCCAAUAUCUGAACGUCCUGGAAAAGCAUGUAUGGUGAAAAUAUAUAGUGAAUUUGAAAAGUACACGUUAAACACAGUUGUCGAUGUUAUUGGAUUCCUCUCUGUUGACCCAGCAUUAGACGGUACAACAAUGGAAUGCGAUGAAAAUGAUUUUGAAGAUAUUAACGAAAUCCAGGCGAGUAAUCCACCACCAUCACUUAUACCAAGGAUACAUGCCAUUGCUAUUAGAAAAUUAGAACAUUCAAAUCCUUUAUUAGAUUUGAGUAUUAUUAGUACAACUGAUGAUGAAAGUUGUAGCAUGGGCUCAUUGUAUAAAGAUUUAAAAUUGGUGCUAACUCAGUGUCUUUUCGGUGAUGUUUUAAGUGCGGAAUACUUAAUAUGUCAUUUAAUUUCAACAGUAUAUGUUCGCACAGAUUUUGAAACAUUAGGACAAUUCAGUUUAAAUAUUUGCAAUAUCCCUGGUGGAGUUUAUAAAAAAUAUACUGAAGAGCUUUAUGAAAUUAUUGAAAGUAUUCUACCAACAAGUCACUAUUUACCAAUGACAUUAGAUAAUCUAAAUACAAAACAAUUCAUUCCUACAAAAGAUUAUACAACAAAUAAAUUAACUUCAGGAUUACUACAACUCGCACCGCAUACACAUUUAGUAUUAGAUGAAACUCAAUUGCAACCCGGAAAAUUAGAAAGUUCUGGUAUCAGUGCUGUUCAGAGUUUAGCUAGUCUUAUCAAAAAUCAACAAAUAAAAUAUGAUUUUAAAUUUUAUGAACUUAACUUUAACACUGAUAUACCAGUUAUAAUUUUAAGUGAAGGAAGGAGUAUGUUACCGAGUAAUUUUCAAGUUCCGUUAAGUCCAGAUUCUGAAACUGUUUCUUUAAUUGAAGAAACUUUAAAAGCAGCAAAACAUUAUCUACAACCAAAACUAAAUAAUAUUCGAACGUAUUUAACACGUGCCAAACUUUUCAAAUUCAACUUAAAUCCAGAUGAUUCGCAAUUAAUUGAGAAUGAUUUUGUUGAAAUGCGUAAAUCAAAUCCCAAAACUGAUGCUGAAGUUCUUCAUAAGCACCUUGUUUUGUCACGAUUAUUAGGUAUAGCUGGAGGCAAUGAAUUUUUCAAUAAGGAUUGUUGGCAAAAGGCAAAAGAAAUGGAAAAAGAAAGAGUUGAUAGAAUAAAUAAACUACCAAAAAGUCGAAGUUCUUUAAAUUAAAUUUUACUAAAACUAAAUAUUUUUUUUUUCUAAAAUAAACAAUUAAAAAAUA